UUAGUCAUCUUUCUAUUUCUAUUUUGCCUUUUUGUUUUGGUUUUAUUUUUUGUUUUGCAAUUGUGUGUUGUGCAGUGCCGAAUCAGCUUCAUUGUAAUGGCGUGAGCGUAAACGAGCGUGAACAGUCAGUAACAGACCGUACGGCGUCUCCACCGCCUCACUCCAAAAUAAAACUGAAAUAAAAUUACGAACCCGACCUUACUUACCCACCUAUACAAAUUCCAUUUUUGUUUCUGUUUUCCAUUUACAUUUUUAUCUCACAAGACCCAAAUCUCACAAAAUGCUUUCUCAAAUUCCUUUUGCCACCUCUAAUGGCAUCAUCAUGGAAAAGGGAAAAGUUUUAUAUCUUUUUUAGCUUCUACAAUUCGAUUUCUGACGUGGGUUUUUGGGUUUUUCGAAAAGGGUUUCGUUGUUUUCUUUAAUAUUUCUCUGUAACAUAUUAUAACUUGUAUUUCUGUAUAUAUUCUAACGUUUCUUUUGAUGAUGGGGAAGCUGGGUGAGCGAGACAAGAGGAUUGUAGAGGAUAUGGUGAGGGAUGGAAACUUGUUUAAUGACGUUUCUUAUGUGCCAUAUUAUAGUAGUCUUCUUCGUCAGCAGAGGAAGCCGCCUUUUCUGAGUAGCAGAGUCUCUCUACAAUCACCAGAGCACUCUUCUGCUUCAAGUUCAUUCUCAAAUGGGUUUUGUUCACCUGAAGGUGACUCACCAUAUGCUGAAAGAGAAAAUUCGAUUAUGGAUAAUAGAAAGAAUGAUGAUGAGUCUUUUAAUGAUGCCUCAAAUGUGUCAUAUUUAAGUCUUCUUCGUCAGCAAAAGCUUCUCUUGAGUAGUUCUCAAGCGAAUAAUGUAUCUUUGCAAUCGCCAGAGCGCUCUUCUUCUUCGUGUCUAUUGUCAAACGGGUUUUGCUCAACCGACGAUGGUUCACUGUAUACAACUCCUUUACCGGAGGACGCUAAGUAUCAAACACCUGGUUCUCAAUACUGGAAUGGACUUUGUUUGGAUUCUAAAUCACCUCAUGAUUCUUACAAGGUCAAUGGAAGGUUGGAGGAUGAAAUGGGUUUAUCUCAAAUUCUGCGAGGAAUGAGUGUUAGAGAGGACCAAAAUGGUGGUGCUAAAAUGAAGGGAUUUGAGAUGCACUCUGAUGGACUUAAUGGGAUUGGAUUGGAUGAGGUCUGUUUGGGUGGAAAUGUACAAUAUGAUGCCAAAAAAUAUGGCCCUUUGUGGGGUUUCAACACUGGGGAUUUUGAUAUUGAAGAUUUUCAAUCCUCUCCUUAUACUGGAGUUCCUUUGAAUACAAAUGAUGAUAUAAACCGUACAUUCAACAGUUUGCAUGGUGGAUUUGGAAAGGACACUUAUAAUUCAGUGGGGGCUUCUCUUGCUCGUAAUCGGUCCAAUGAUUUGUGUCCUGGCUCUGUUUGGACUAAUAACCAAAGUGAUUAUUUAGUGGAGAGAAGAAAGGAACAUAAAGAGCGAGAAACUUGGAAUGAUUGGGAGAUUCAAUCGCAACAUUCAUAUGUUACUAGGCCUCACCUUGAUGAGCCUUAUGGUUUCUGUCAGCAAUAUAAAAUGGAUUAUAAUAGACGCAGGGAUGUUAUGGAUUAUGCAUUGGGUGCUUCUCAGUCACUGAAUCCCAAGUCAGAUUUGAAUGUUUAUGAUCCAUUGUAUAGAGGUUUGAUGUUAAAAGAAAAGAUCAGAGCACUAAAAAACAAUGGGUUUGCUCACUCUCUUACGUCUAUGAAAGGUGCAGGGGAUAUGGAAGCCUUUAACUGUGAGGGUAGUUUCAUAAUUCAAGGAAAAGGUUUGAAUCGUGUAAGCAGCAAGGGAGACAAAAAGAAUUCCUUUAGUGAGUUGUCUGUGCAAAACUUGCGUGGGAAAAAUAUUAAUCUAGGCAGUUCUACUUUUCAUGGAGGAAGUUGGGAACCUGAUCAAAGGCUAGGUAGUUGUAGUCCAUUGCCAAUGAUUCCGGGUAUUGACUCCUUGAGUGAGUUACAGGGUAAUGUAUUAUUACUGGCACAGGAUCAGAAUGGUUGCAGGUGGUUACAAAGAAUUUUUGAUGAGGGAGCUAGCCGAGAUAUUCAAAUAAUAUUCAAUGAAAUUAUUAAUCAUGUUGUUGAACUUAUGUUGAAGCCUUUUGGCAAUUAUGUCAUACAGAAGUUCUUGGAUGUGUGCAGUGAAGAACAAAGAUUGCAGAUUGUUUACAUGGUGACUCAAAAACCAGGACAGCUUGUUGGGAUUUGCUUAAACACAUAUGGCACUCGGGCGGCACAGAAGUUGAUUGAGACUCUAAAAACCAGGCAGCAGAUUUCAUUAGUGAUAUCAGGCCUGAAACCUGGUUUUCUUGCUCUUGUCAAGGAUCAAAAUGGAAAUCAUGUGAUACAGCGUUGCUUGCAAUGCCUUAGCAAUGAAGACAACAAGUUCAUUUUUGAUGCAGCUGCCAAGUUUUGUGUUGAGAUUGCAACUCAUCAACAUGGAUGCUGUGUUAUGCAGCGAUGCAUUACACAUUCCUCUGGGAAACAUCGAGACAAAUUAAUAAAUGAAAUUUCAAAAAACUCACUUCUCCUUGCUCAAGAUCCUUUUGGAAAUUAUGUUGUUCAAUAUAUCAUAGAGCUUAAGAGGCCAUCUUCAGUUGUCAAUUUGCUUUCUCAGUUCAAGAAGAACUAUGUACACCUCUCCAUGCAGAAAUUUAGCAGUCAUGUGGUUGAGAAGUGCCUUAAGCAUUUGGAAGAAAGCCGUGAACAAAUUAUUCAUGAAUUGACCUCAGUGUCACGCUUUGAUCAUCUAUUGCAAGAUCCAUUUGCCAACUAUGUCAUUCAAUCUGCUCUGGCAGUUACUAAGGGUCCUCUUCGUUCCUUGCUGGUUGAAACAAUCCGACCCCUUGUGUAUUUACGUACUAACCCAUACAGUAAGAGGAUUUUCUCGAGGAAUGUCCUGAAGAAAUGAUGUAAUACUGGUUUCUGCUAAGAAGUGUUGUUGUGCUGUCAGAGUUACAACCUUGUUCACUACUCUAAUAAAUAGUCUAUCCAGGGUGAGGCACUAGAUGUAGAAAUGUUAUCAGAAUUCGCUGCUGGUUGGAUGGGAGGAAAUGGAAGUCGAAGUUUUCUUCCAAUUGUUUAUGAUGCAGAUACAAACUUUGUAUUAUUCUGUUGUUUUGUUUAUCUAAACUUGAGGUGUAAUAUAUUUUUGCACUGUUACAGAACCUUGUUUGAAAGUUUUUUAGUUUUCUUGUAAUGUUUUUUAUGCCAAGAUGUUUUGUGUAAUAA